AUGUCUCUGCGCAUGUCAAUGUCAAAAUUGCUCAAAAAACUUCGCUUUCCUGCUUCUCUCACUUUCUCCGCCUCUACAGUUACCAAAAAUCCACUGCCCAUUUCGUUUUCCGGAAAGGGGGUUUCCCACUGGUAUCAAACUGGUGCAUAUGGUUGGAGAACAAAUCUUAGGGAUCCUUGUUUGUGGAUUGUUAUAUCUGGACAUGUAGUUGCAACACUUGGAAUUAGUGCCAACGUUGCGUUUGCUGAGGACGUAAUGUCCAAAACAUCUUAUGAUGAUAGUACUGGUGGAUUAAAAAAAAUUGAGGAUGGUUCGGUGGCGUCAAAUAUACAUACAGCAAAAUGGAGAGUUUUUACCGAUAAAGGAAGAGAGUUUUUCCUAGAGGGAAAUUUUGAAGAUGCUGAAAGACUCUUUCUUGCUGCCAUACAAGAAGCUAAAGAAGGUUUUGGCGAGCAAGAUCCGCAUGUUGCGUCUGCAUGCAACAAUCUGGCAGAGAUGUACAGAGUCAAGAAAGCAUUUGACAAAGCAGAACCACUGUAUGUGGAAGCUAUCAAGAUCCUAGAAGAAUCGUUUGGUCCUGAUGAUGUAAGGGUUGCGGUUGCUGUUCACAACCUAGGGCAGUUCUACCUUGGACAGCGAAUGUUGGAUAAAGCUCAAGUUAGCUAUGAGAUAAAACAGCGUGUUUUGGGAUAUGGCCAUUCAGAAUGUUCUGAUACGAUGUAUCAAAUUGGCAUGGUGCUGUAUCUUCAAGGAAAAGAAAAGGAGGCUGAGACCAUUAUUAAGGACUCAAUAAGCAUGCUAGAGAAAAGUGCCGAAGGGGAGUCAGUUGUAUGCAUUAAAAGACUUCGUUUCCUCUCACAGUUGUAUUUGAAAUCACAUCGUCUUGAUGAAGCUGAGAUGGUCCAGAGAAAGAUCCUGAAUAGAAUGGAAUUGUCAAAGGGGUGGAAUUCUUUGGACACAGUUAUUGCAGCUGAAUCUUUGGCCUUGACACUACAAGCAUCUUCCGAAACAAAACAGUCCAAAGAGCUUCUUGAAAGAUGUCUUGACGUCCGGAAAACCUUACUUCAUAGCGAUCAUAUUCAGAUUGGUGCGAACCUACUUCAUCUAGCAAGAGUGGCAAUGCUUGAUUGCAGCCUACACAAAAAAUCGGAUGUUUCUAAAGCUAAAGCUGAGCUUGAUAUAGCAAAGGAUCAUUUGCAUAAUUCCAUAAGGAUCGCGCGACAAUGUUUAGAUAAGGUAUUGAAACAAAAAGACAAGUUGAAGAAAAACAGUAUGCUUGUACGUUCUAGAAAGGAAGCCCAAGCAACACUUGUCAUAUUGUUGCAAUCACUCAACACUCUAUCAUCGGUGGAGUUGGCUAAGCAAGAAUUGCAGCAGAUUCAGGAAGUGGAAAUUAACCUUAAGGCUAAAGAGGCACUUCUACAAUGCAUUGCUGCUUACAACGAGUUUGUUGUACAUAAGAAGUCCAUUGGUGAUUCACCUGAAAUAAAGAAUGAGUAUCUUUCAUGUUUGAAGCGUGCACAAACCUUGCUUGGCAAGAAACUUGAUGGAGAGGGUAUUCAUAAGCUGAGUCAAACAUCAUGA